AAUUUUUUCGACUUUCUGAUGACUUCUUCUUCUUCUUCUUCGUUCUUUAACUCCUUUAUGUGUCCUACCUUUAUUAAUGUUUUGAUGAUAAACUUUCUGAUAUGACGGAUAUGACAAUCCCGUGUGUUUGACUUAAACAUAACCUCAAAUCUACCUUAUCGUUAAACGAUAAAUAAUCACGAAUUUUAGUUCCCAAAAACUCCACCCCUAGCGCUAGUAUCGUGUAAUAAAUAAUUGAUCCACAAAAAAUAAUUGUUUACUUAAUAUUAUCACAAUUUAGCAAGUGAAAAAAAAAAAUAUUUUAAAUACAUAUAGGUGAAUUAAUAAUAUAAAAAAGAUAUACAUGAAUCGAAUAUUAGAGAAAAUUGUAUAAUUUCCAAAGAAACAAAAAAUGGAAGUCGAAGAUUCAUUAUCAUUGGAAAAUGAUGGCUCACAAGUUGUACGGGAGUUGCAGGCAUCUAUUAUUCGUUUUAUCGAACAAAGUCUACAGGCGUAUACAACGAAAAAGUUAUCAAUUGGCCGUAUUGAAUCGUUUAAUGAAAAAAAUGAAUCGUGGACAAAUUAUGUUGAAAGAUUUGAAUUAUAUUGUGAGGCAAAUGAUGUGCCAAUGCAAAAAAAAACAAUUAUAUUUUUAACAGCAAUUGGCUCAAAAAUGUAUAAUAUUUUAUGUGAUAUUUGUUCGCCUGAUAAACCACGUAAUCAAAAUUAUGAAAAAUUAAUUGAAUUAAUAAAACAAUAUUUAGAACCAAAAUCAUCAACAAUUUAUAUGAAACGAUUAAAAUUUGGUCAAUGUCAACAGGCAAAUGAUGAAACAUUAAAAGAUUUUAUUGAAAAAUUAAAAUCAUUAGCAUUAAAAUGUGAUUUUAACAAUGAUAAUAUAAUGUCAAGAUUGAGAGAUCAAUUUUUACUUGGAAUUAAUUUAGAAAGAAUACGUAAUCGUUUGUUAAUUGAAAAACAUUUAACAUGGAAUAAAGCUGUUAAAAUUGCCGCCAUAAUGAAUGACGAAACAGUUAGCGAUGACGAUAUUUUAAAAAUGCAAUUAAUAUCAAAACCAGUGGAGAAUAAUUAUCAAAUGGAAAUUGGUAAAACUGAUCAGAAGGAAACUCGACGAUCAGGAAGAAUUUCAAAAAGACACGAAUCUGAUGAUUUUACGUAUGAAAAUACAACGUCGAAACGACAAAAAACUAAUAAUGAUCGAAAAGAGACCAGCGAGGACGAGACAGAGAUUCAUAAUUUAAAAUUGGAGAAUAAAAAAUUGAGAUUAGAACUCGAGGAAACGAAUAGAAUGCAAAAAGAAUUGACUGUUCUUAAUCGUGAUUUACAAAGUCGACUCGUUAAUGAUUAUGAAGAAUUACGAACGUCACUCGCUAAUGUUUGCGCCACAGAUGUGAAUCAUCAAUUGGGAGAUGUUUUUUUGCCAAUCGGUUAUGUAAGAAGAAUUGACAAAAAUGUUCAUUUGGGACGUGAUGUUUGGAUACCAAAAUCAACGUACGACACGGUAAUGUGCACAGCAAGAAAUCCAAGUAUUUUUAUUAAAAAUAUGGCACUCGCUGUUUUUGGCCAUGAAACAUUGGAACGAAGUUCCGUUACUGGACAAUUGUCAAAUAGAACAAGAAAAUUCUAUGAAGGACCACCAAAACAAAAACUCGAUCCAACAAAAUUACUUGCGAUAAAGGACGUUUUUCGAUAUUGGCUGCAAGAUAUUAAAAAAGUUGACGAAUGUACAACGGAUAUUGAAUUGAGAAAAGUUGGCUCGUACAUUGGACACAAAAUUGCUGAUUUAAAUCGGAGAAAAAAAGAUACAGAAGAGACUCAAAGAUCGUCAGAGGAUUUUAAUCGUUCAACGGAAGAUUUUCAACGUGCCGAUCAAUAUAAUCAUCAAAGAACACCGGAAAUAUUUCCCGUUAAUUUUCAACGUGAUUCACAAAAUCCAUCGCGAUCAUCAAUUGUUUACGAUAGAAAUUCUGAGAAUUAUGAUAUGUUAAUGGUUAAUGUAAAAAGUGAAGCAAACGAAGGAAAUGAAGAAUCAUCAUUGAAUGGUAGUAAUGAAGCUGUUUUUAUAACAGAUGAAAAAAUAUCAAAUGUUAAUGGACUUUCAGUUGACGAUGUUAAUGACGAUGUCAACAAUGUUGAGGAUGAUUCGUUUAUUUCGUAUUUAUAAAAAAAAAAAAAAACAA